AUGGCGAGCCAGUUCACCCUACACACCCUCGAAAGUCUCUGGGUGGCUGUCGGGUCCCUUGCCCUGGUCGGCUACGAUUACCUCCUCACCCUUGACCGCGAAAUCAAGUACAUCUGGACGAGGAAGGUCACCAGCGCGAGCGUGAUCUACGUCAUCACGCGAUACUGUUCGUUGACUGCCAUCGUCCUCACGCUCCUCAACUUCUUCCCUUGGCCAGGGAAAUCAUCCUUCAAGUGUAACGCGAUCGCACGGUCUGAUUCCGCGCUAGAUGCCGCGAUCAUCCUCUCCUCGGCCACAUUCUCGUCCUUCCGUGCGUACGCGCUAUGUCGCCGCAAAUCCGUCGCCUUCCUCGUCUUCGCACUGGAGCUGGACGUUGAACUCAUGGCGUGGUACUCCCAGUACGGGGCGAUCAAAGUCGGGGCGAGCUACAACCCAGGACCGAACAACACCAAUGUCCUCUGUGAUAUGGACUUCUCGUCCUUGGUACCCUUGCGCAGACUAACACCUUCCUACCACCAAGUGACAUGGAAGCGAACGUGGCCAUGGAAAGAGGGUGAGAGGCCAAAGUUUGGCCUCGCAACGGUGCUGUUCAACGACGGAGUCGCGUACUUCCUCGCACUUCUUGUCGCCAACGUCAUCAACCUCGCGUUCGUCAACAACGUUCAGGUGCCACGUUUUCUGUUUGACGUGCCCCCAAAGCUGACACCCUUUCCUCAGCUGCUAUUCGCUCUCGUGGGCUGGAUCAGCGCAACGACGGUUCUCUUCACCUGCCACUUCAUCCUCGAUCUACUCGAAGCCGCCGCCCGAGCGGGCGGCCUCGGGGGCGAGCCAGAAUGCAUGUCGUCGGUGCCUGAGGUCAUCCAGCCGAUUUCGUUUCGAAACACUGGAGGCAUCGGUGCACCUGGCGACGAGCCUCUCGGAGUGUACGACGCGGUGCGCAGCGAAGAGAGCGAGAGCCUCUACACGUACGACUACGACUUUGAGCUCCAGGAGAGCCCGAGGGAAGAGCGCAUGGAAUAG